GUAAGGAACACAUUUCUCCGUUCAUCUUUGGAGCGACACAAUGUCUAUUAAAUUGAAUGCGCUAUUCAGCGACUCCUACGUUGAUGUAAGCCAAUACAGAGACCAACAUUUUAAGGGAAAUCGAUAUGAGCAAGAGAAACUGCUGAAACAGGCUAACACACUCUAUGUGGGUAACCUGUCCUUUUACACCACAGAGGAACAAGUGUACGAGCUCUUCUCCAAGAGUGGGGAUGUGAAAAGAAUAAUCAUCGGCCUAGAUAAGGUGAAGAAGACGGCGUGUGGCUUCUGCUUCGUCGAAUACUACACGCGUACAGAUGCUGAAAAUGCUAUGAGGUUUGUCAACGGGACACGUCUGGAUGACCGCAUCAUCAGAACUGACUGGGACGCUGGUUUUAAAGAGGGCAGGCAGUAUGGCCGUGGCAAGUCCGGUGGUCAGGUAAAUUUACACAGGAGAAAUGAAUGUUUACUACCUCAGAGACAACAACAGUUGUAUAUUAGUUAGCUGUCUCUGGUUGUUUAUAUUGGAAUUGAUAGUUUUCACAAAAUUGUAGUUUUCAUUAAAGUGGUACUGUUAACUGGUUAUUGUUUGGAUGAGAACUUUUAAAGUUACAUAACAUUACUGUAUUAUCAACAGGACAAACAUGUUGUCUUACGGUUCUGGAACUUGAUAGGAUCUAUCAUGAGGAGACAAAGCUCACAGUCCUAUGUGAACUAUGUCACCCCCUAAUAGACCCAAAUACUUAACAGGGUCUGUGGCAAAACAAACAAGUCAGUCUCUUUUUCUCCUCAGGUCAGAGACGAAUACAGACAAGAUUAUGACCCAGCCCGGGGGGGCUAUGGGAAAGUUGUCUCAAGGCCAUAAAAACAUGUCCUAUGCUGUUUCUUUGGGGAGGGCUAUGGGGAAACUAGUGUUAUGAGCCUGAGUUAACAUGUUAUUUGCUGUUUCUUUGCCUUUUUCCAGGUCAGAGAUGAAUAUAGACAAGAUUAUGACCCUGCUCGAGGUGGAUAUGGGAAAUUAGCUCAGCUGCAGAGACCUUCCGAGGGACGGAACAGUUUUUAGUUCGGUGAAUUUGAUCUGGGUUGAAUUUGGGUUCCAAGCAGACAUCUGCCAGGGCUUUCUAUUUCUCGUUUAUUUAGAAGUCUUCUGUGAAGCAUUUUUCAGUUAGCCAUAGUUCCAACAGUCAUUAUGACCAGCGUGACACACGUUUACAAAUGGAAUUGUCUCCCAAACU